CCUCUGGGGACCGGCGGAGAGGGGUCGGAGGCACCCCGGAAACGGAUUUCGCUUCAGUGCCACCGCGAUCUGGGAGCGAGGGGCGAGCAGAGAGAUCUGGCGGCCCGGAGCGGCUGCUGAGUAAUUGCCGCCGCCGCGCGAGGGCUAGGCUUCCACGUCCUAUCGACGAACUGCAGGCACGGGAGUUGCUGCAAUAGCAGCGCCAGCUCCUCCUCCCGGCUCUCCCCCAGCAGCUGCCACCCCUUAGGCUCUUCCCGCGGCCAGUGCCACUUGUCCCUGGGGCGUAUCAGAGCCCUCCUCCCCUUUCCCCGCUCGCUUCCUCCUCCUCCUCUUUCUCCAUGGCUGGGUCCGAGCGGCAGCAGCCGCCUCGGCGGGGUGAGGAAGAGGGCGGGCAGGACUCGGCGGCCGCGGCGCCCCUGCACGAUGCCGAGCUGGCCCUGGCCGGCAUCAACAUGCUGCUCAACAACGGCUUCCGAGAGUCGGACCAGCUCUUCAAACAAUACAGAAAUCACAGCCCAUUAAUGAGUUUUGGAGCCAGCUUUGUCAGUUUUUUGAAUGCCAUGAUGACAUUUGAAGAAGAAAAAAUGCAGUUGGCAUGUGAUGACUUAAAAACGACAGAAAAACUAUGUGAAAGUGAAGAAGCUGGGGUUAUUGAAACAAUCAAGAAUAAGAUCAAGAAGAACGUUGAUGCUCGAAAAUCUGCACCAUCUAUGGUUGAUCGACUUCAGAGACAAAUAAUUAUAGCUGACUGUCAGGUUUACUUGGCUGUACUUUCUUUUGUGAAACAAGAGUUGUCAGCAUACAUAAAAGGUGGAUGGAUCCUUAGAAAAGCCUGGAAAAUCUACAACAAGUGCUACAUAGACAUCAAUGCCCUACAGGAACUGUAUCAGAAAAAACUAACUGAAGAACCCUCAGAUGCUGCAAAUGAUAAUCACGUUGCUGUGGAGGGAGUGUCAGAGGAAUCUCUAAAUAGACUGAAAGGGGCUGUUAGCUUUGGAUAUGGACUAUUUCAUCUUUGUAUAUCCAUGGUGCCACCAAACCUUCUCAAAAUCAUCAACCUGCUGGGUUUUCCUGGAGACCGAAUGCAGGGCCUUUCUUCAUUGAUGUAUGCAAGUGAAAGUAAGGACAUGAAGGCUCCUUUAGCUACAUUAGCUCUACUAUGGUAUCACACUGUAGUUCGUCCUUUCUUUGCCUUGGAUGGCAGCGAUAACAAGGCAGGCUUGGAUGAAGCUAAGGAGAUUCUUCUGAAGAAAGAAGCAGCUUAUCCAAAUUCUUCCCUGUUUAUGUUCUUCAAGGGACGAAUACAGAGAUUAGAGUGUCAGAUCAACAGUGCCUUGACUUCUUUCCAUAUGGCUCUGGAACUUGCGGUAGAUCAGCGAGAAAUUCAACAUGUCUGUCUCUAUGAAAUUGGUUGGUGCAGUAUGAUAGAACUGAACUUUAAAGAUGCUUUCAAUUCCUUUGAAAGACUCAAAAAUGAGUCAAGGUGGUCUCAGUGCUAUUAUGCGUAUUUAACUGCAGUUUGCCAGGGAGCCACUGGUGAUAUGGAUGGGGCACAGGUCGUAUUCAAAGAAGUACAGAGGCUUUUCAAAAGGAAAAACAACCAAAUUGAGCAAUUCUCAGUCAAAAAGGCAGAGAGAUUUCGUAAGCAAAUACCUACCAAAGAGCUCUGUGUGCUAGCAUCCAUUGAAGUGCUGUAUUUGUGGAAAGCCCUUCCAAACUGUUCCUUUCCCAACCUACAGAGAAUGAGCCAAGCUUGCCAUGAAGUCGAUGAUUCGUCUGCUGUUGGAUUAAAAAAUUUGCUUCUUGGUGCCAUACAUAAAUGCUUGGGAAAUUCCGAAGAUGCUAUUCAGUUCUUUCAGAGAGCUGUCAAAGAUGAGUUGUGCCGUCAGAAUAAUUUAUAUGUUCAACCAUAUGCAUGUUAUGAACUUGGCUGUCUCCUAUUGGGUAACCCAGAGACCAUGGCGAGAGGUAGAACUCUGCUUUUACAAGCAAAGGAGGAAUUCACUGGCUACGAUUUUGAAAACAGAUUACAUGUCCGCAUCCACGCAGCCUUAGCCUCUUUGAGGGAAGUGGUACCUCAGUGACAGACCAGAAGUCUUGAUUUAUCCCACGCCACACAGUUUUCUGCACUUUAAAACCCAUGCAGAGGAUAGAGCUGUUGGGAAGAUCAGCUUCAGCUUUUCUUCUGAAAACCACCUGUGCCAGAGAUACAUUUUUUGGAGUUGGGCUGACACAUUAAAAAUCUUCUCUUCUUAAACAAAUAAUUAAAAAAAAAAGUCAGCUGGUGAGAGGGUUAAGUGACCUUGUUCAAACGAUUUAGGUUUUUUCAUUUUAAUUUUUGUUUGUCAAGCUAAAUAUAGUUGACCUGUAAUUAUUCAGGAAAAAAUUAUUAUAAGCACACAUUUGACUUGAUCAUAUUAACAAUUGUAUUAUAAAAAGUAAAAUGAAUAAUCAUAUCACCACCAUUUGUAUUGUGCUUUCAAACAAUAAAAACACUUUCCAAUCUUUUUACUUUAUCCUUACAAUGUUCCUGUGACAUAUGAAAACAAUAUUAUCCCAGUAUUACAGAUGACAAGUCACAAGCCCGGGGAGAUUUUUGACUUGAUCCAGGUUGUACAGUGAGUUAAUGAUGGAGCAGGGUCUCCUGGUACAAUUAUCAUACCAACCCAAUACUCUUUUAUUGGGGAAAAAAAGUAUAUAUAACUUAGACCUCUGUGGCUUUUUUUUUAAGGCAAUUGGGGUUAAG